AUGUCGGAACCCACCCAAUACUGCACUCAAUGCCGAAAGGAUCAGCCAGUCUCUGGAUUCAUGCGUGAUGAUGGCGAAGGGCCAUUCAAGCGUUGCAACCGUUGCAGGAAGAGGAACACAGAUUCACACCGAUCCUGGCGGGCCUCUCAAAUGAGUAACGUUGCUCCGGAAUCGCCGUCACGCCGUCCAGGUGGUCAUAUCAAACAGCCAGUCUCCAACAACUCCACCACAGCGGUUGUAGCUGCAAGCACCAGCAAACUUCCAGCUGGUAGUACACUGGCCGGCAGUUCAUUGACCGAACCUAACACAUGUCAUGGCAACGAUACCCGAUCCAUCACAAUCGCCCCCGAGGUCAUCACAACAAUUGGUGACAUCACAACCAGCACAACGGUCGUUACUAUCACCACUACAAUCCGCCAUGGAGAAGGAAAAGUGGAGAUGAAGCCCCAAGAUGAGCCAUCUCCAAAGGUCGAAAGCGACGAUGUCACUUCAGCGUCUAGCGAGUCUUCUCAUGACGCAAAUGAUUUCCCACACGAAGAUAACACCCACGGGCUUGGAUUCUUCGUCUGUAUCCAUUGUGAGAAAUGCCAACCUGCUCCACUCCGGGGAUUUUCCGUGUGUUUGCUCUGCAUUACCGACUGGAAAUGGUGCGACAAGGAGAAACACAACCGACCGGUGGCAGACUUCAUGUGGGAUGGAAAGGAACAUGAUGAAUGUAUUCAUUGUGUGCUUGACAUCGGACGAUUCUGA